AUGUCAAACAUCGCCACCAGCUCCAAGCGCGCCCUCCCUUCCUCAUCUUCUACCCCAUCAGCCAAGCGUCCACGCCCUUCUACGUCCAGCGCCGAAUCAUCACAUCACGAUGAGGAAAUGGACGAGGAUGACGUUGGACCUAUCGACGAGACGCUGAAGGAGAAGCUGGCGAGAAAGGAUGCCAGGACCAUCCGGAAUCGCGAAUCUGCCCAAAGGUCUCGGAACCAGCGCAAAGCCCAUCUCGCAUGGCUUGAGGUCCGCGUCGUCGAGCUCGAGGAGGAGAAUCGGCGAUUACGGAGUGGCCCGAGCGGGUCGACGACCCUCGCGUCAAACACACCGAAGUCAGCCGUCGGUCAGGUCGCUGUGAGCGCACCAUCCCCGCUCGCAGAGGGUUCUCCAUCAUUAUUCUCGCUCGACCUCGGAUCCAGCGGACCAUCACUCGGCGGUAUCAACCUCGCCGCGGUCGCUCCUCCACCGCCGGGCGUCAAGCUUGAAGAGUGUCCCGUCACUUCGGCCGACGCGCUGCAGAUCGAGGUAGCCUCUCUGCGCGCUCGGAACAGUCACCUCGAGGGGCUCGUCAAGCACAUGAUGGCUUUGUCCAACCUCGGCGCUGGGAUCGCGGAGCCAGUCUCUGUCGCUCCGCCACCACUACCCUCCGCGAUGGACAUCCCUCCCCUUGACUGGGACUCCAUCUUCAUUCCCCAACCUACCGACUCCAUCGCACCCGUCAACUCUUCCACCUUCUCGCAACCCUCCUCACUCAUCUCACCCACCCUCUACACCCUCUCCACACCUCAAACCACCAUCGACACCACCCAACAAUCAUCCCCCGACCUUCUCGCUUGCCACCCAGCAGCGGUGGCGACCCCCCCUGUGCAAACAGAGGGGUCCCUGCAGCGGGCGAGAACGGACUCGGGCUUGAUUUUGGGCAUGUCGGCGGCGGUGCACCGGGGUGGAUUCAGGGGGAUGGAUACCUUCUUCUCCUUUGCCGGGCCCAACCAGGGCAUGGCGGAGUGGACCAACCAAGAAGGGUCGGGCGAGGUGCGACCGGCGGAGAAUGAGUGGAGCCGCGCCGAAUUGGAGUGGGAUGAGGGGAUGAUCAGAUUGUUGGCGGAUCUGGAGGGCGAGGCAGGGGGAGUACAGGGGGAGACGGUGGAGCGGGGGACGCCGGUGGGAGUGGCGGAGAGGAGAGAAGUAGUGGCGUAA